AUGACUGGACGCGGCAAGGGCGGCAAAGGCCUCGGCAAGGGUGGUGCCAAGCGUCACCGCAAGAUUCUCCGUGACAACAUUCAAGGCAUUACCAAGCCCGCUAUCCGACGUCUUGCCCGCCGUGGUGGUGUCAAGCGUAUCUCUGCCAUGAUAUACGAGGAGACGCGCACUGUCCUUAAGACCUUCCUGGAAGGCGUCAUCAGGGACGCCGUCACAUACACCGAACACGCCAAGAGGAAGACGGUUACAUCACUGGACGUCGUGUAUGCUCUGAAGAGACAGGGUCGUACUCUCUACGGUUUCGGCGGUUAA